AAGGGCUUCCGCCUGCUCGCGCAUGCGCACUACCUCGGGCUGGUUCUGCGGGGGUCACUGACUCACCACCAGCACGGAUAAGGACCCCGGCACGGGCUGUGUGAGGUACUGUACCUAGGAUAAGAUGGCUGAUCCUUGGCAACAAUGCAUGGAUUAUGCAGUUACUUUAGCAAGAAAGGCUGGAGAGGUAGUCCGGGAAGCAUUGAAAGAGGAAAUAUCCAUUAUGGUUAAAAGCUCACCAGCAGAUCUAGUGACAGUCACUGAUCAAAAAGUGGAAAAAAUGAUUAUUUCUUCUAUAAAAGAAAAAUAUCCUUCUCACAGUUUCAUUGGAGAAGAAUCUGUUGCAGCUGGAGAAGGCAGUACCUUGACAGACAAUCCCACGUGGAUUAUUGACCCUAUUGAUGGAACUACUAACUUUGUACACAGGUUUCCAUUUGUGGCAGUUUCGAUUGGCUUUGUUGUCAACAAAAAGAUUGAAUUUGGAGUUGUAUACAGUUGUGUGGAAGACAAAAUGUACACUGGCAGGAAAGGAAAAGGUGCAUUUUGCAACGGUCAGAAGCUUCGAGUAUCCGGACAAGAAGAUAUUACAAAAUCACUUUUAGUAACAGAAAUGGGAUCUAACCGUGAACCAGAGACUUUAAAGAUAGUUCUUUCUAACAUGGAAAGGCUUCUCAGUAUUCCUGUUCAUGGGAUUAGAGCUGUUGGUACAGCAGCUGUAAACAUGUGCCUUGUGGCAACUGGUGGAGCUGAUGCAUAUUAUGAGAUGGGCAUUCAUUGCUGGGAUAUGGCAGGAGCUGGAAUUAUCAUUACUGAAGCAGGUGGAGUGCUGCUGGAUGUAUCAGGAGGACCAUUUGAUUUGAUGUCACGAAGAAUAAUUGCUGCAAGUAGUCGAGCCAUAGGAGAGAGAAUAGCGAAAGAGCUUCAGAUAAUCCCCCUACAAAGGGACGAUGCCACAAAUUGAAUACCACAACUACACUUAAGUGUGGUAAUACUAAGUUUGUCAACAGUUGUCACAUACUCUGGGAAUUUAGAAAAUAACGUCCCAUGUAAGGUCACAUGUUGCACUUAAAUGGGUAGUAAUAUACUUCUGAAUAUAUCUUAUUACAAAUUGAUUUCUAAAUAGGGUUUUGAAAUCAGACCCAUUUGAAACUGUUAUAGAACUGGUUCUAACAAAGUUUGCGGUUUGUGUAAAUAAAACAUCAGUUUUGCUGUAAAUUUUAUUUCCUAUGUAGUAUUAUGGCUGCUUAAAAGAGUUAAAGGAAAAAAGGACACAAUCCCAUAAAAGUGAUAUUUAAAAUUUAUAUAGCACACUGGAAGAUAGAGAGCAACUAAUGCUCUAAGUCAUAUGUUACAAAGAGAAAGUUUAUUGCACCUGGUUCCAAUUUUCUCAUGGUUUUCCCCCAAUGUGAUCAAGGUUGAUUGUUGCUUAUGAGAUUUUCAUAUAAAGCCUCUAAAUUGUUACAGUGCUAUCAGUCUGUCUGGAAGUUCUCACCGGUGAAGGAAAUGUAGAAGUAGAUCACAUGAUCCCAGACCUCACUUUGGAGACAAUCACAUUUAGUUUUUGGCACACUUCAGGACACUUGUAUGUUAUCACUGUGCAAGAGUGAUUCAACAAUGAUUUCAGUUGCUAUUGCAGGGAAUAUUUAGAGAAAUACCUAGAGAAAAGAAGACACAUUUAUUUUUUAGACUUAUGUGCCCAUUACUUCUAUAGACCUAACUGACCGCUGUUCCUAAAAAAUAAGAUGUAAUGUGGAAGAAGAAAACUCUGUACGCACCUCCUGUCAUGCCUUCAGGCAAAAGUCUGAGAAAUGAAGUGGGUUUUAUGCUAAAUAGUUAAAAGCAAGACCAUAAGCUAAAUGGGUCCAUUGGUUUCAGUUGAUGCUGCCUCCUGCAUAUUCUCUACUUGAUGUGUGUGUAGCUCUCAUUAACUGUUUAGGGGAUUUACUCAUAUAUUUCCAGGAGAGAAUCUACCUCAAAGUCUAAAUACAAUUUGAAAUCCAAAAGAUUCUCAUAACUCAUUGACCUACCUCCCAAAAAAACAACCCUCCCCACCCAUUUUAAUUAAAAUUAAGACAGUAGUCCAGACUUUCAUCUUAAUUAUUAUUUGAUCGUUAUGACAGUAAUGACCAGUCAGGAUCAGGGUUCUAUUGUGCUACAUACUGUAUAAGCACAUAUGAGGGCACAGGUCAAGCUCUAAAAUUUACAGUUAAAGAAAUUACAGUAUUUUAAAUCUUAAUGCUAAUUUUUCUAAUUUCAAAGCCUAAAGGUUAGUUGUUCUUUGCAGUCUGAGUUAUUUUUAGAAUUAUGUUGAUAUCAGUGGGUACAUUGAACAGUUACUGUACAUUUUAGAGUAAAAAUUAGUCAGUUUAGGGACUGAUUAGUAACUAGGGCCAAAAAUUUCAGAAGUGUCCUCUAAAUUUGGAUGUCUAAUUGAGACACCCCAAGUUAUGAUCACUUUUGAAAAUACGUGGUUGUUUUUUAUUUCUUACGCGCUGGUUCGGCGGCUGGCAAGACGCGAUAAAUCGAACCCAGAAGUGCUCCCCGUCGACUCCGGUAAUCCUGCUCGGCAUGAGGAGUACGUGUAGUGGACGUGGGGAGCCUGCCUGCCGCGUCUGGACCGUGGUAAGUUCGAACUAAGGUACGUCGACUUCAGCUACGUAAUUCACGUAGCUGAAGUUGUGUACCUUAGUUCGAAUUGGGGGGUUAGUGUAGACCAGGCCUUAGUGUGGAAAAAGGUGUUUUUGUAUCUUAAAAUACAAGCACCAGCAGGUAUCUUGAUAAAUUUCCUUGGAACAGUUAUAUUUUGCUAGUUUUACAGAAAUGUUUAAUUAGAAACUCCAGUGCCAGGCCAACUUUAAACAACUAGCCCUAGUGGAGAAAAAGAAUUGCAUGAUAAUUCAGGGGCUAAGGAGAAGGAACUCAUUAAAGUUUCAUUUCUUGGGGGCCCUGUAGGAAAAAAAUAAUCAAAACCUUUUGAACUUCACCACAGCUUCAUUGUUUUUAAAUCUAAGAUAUGAAUGUGAUGUCUUAGCAGGUCUGCCCAAUAUAUUUUCUCUAUGGGUUUUUGUGAGAAAUUUGAGUUUGAGUGUGAAAUAUGAACUGUGCAGAAGUUCUGAUGUUAAACUGAUUUGUUUUGUAAAAUGGAAAUGUAUAAACUAGUACUUGAUGUGAGAGAUGUCUGCAAUAAAAGAAAACAUUGCUUUAUUA